AUGGCGGAUGUGACAGUCAUGGAGAUAUUGGAGGUAGUGGCAGCGGUGACAGAGGGAGGUAGAGGUUGUGGUGUUGGCAACAUCGUGCGGUUGGAGCUGCAAGGUAGAGACGAGAGCCUAAUAGCAGUGUUGCAUCAGCAGCAGCAGCUACAGUCCGGCCACUUGGUGGGGCGGUGCGCGGCGCGCGACCGCUGCCCGGGCCACCGCAUGGCGUUCGACGGCCGCUGCUACCGGAAGCGCACGGUGCGCGAGGUGCUGUGCGGGUGCGCGGCGGCGCCCACGCCGCACGUGCUGGGCGGCGCCGAGUGUCGGUGCGCGCCGGCCGGCUACCUGCACGUCAAGCAACCGGCGGCGGCGCGCGCCUGCCGCGUGCCCGACCUGCGCUUCCCGGACGCGCGUCGCUUCGCCGCGCCCGCGCCCGCCGCCGCCACGCGCCGCGGCCCGUGCGCCCGCCGGCAGCGCGCCUGCUUCGCCCGCGGCGCGGUCUGGCUGGAGCAUCCCCCGGGUUGCUUUCCGCUGCUGGAGACAGGCCCGUGCCCGCCGGGCCACGUGGUGGCGUUGGCCGGGAGCGGGUGGGAGACGGGUUGCGUGGACACCCGGCGCGGUUGCCCCCCCGGCUACAAGCGCCUGCUGUACGACCAGCUCUGCCACAGCGAUCGCGAGCUGGAGAUCGCGGUACCUGGGAAAGUCUUGCUGGGGCUCUACGGGGAAUAUGAAAUUUGGGAUAGUGACGUGGAAGUGCGAUUUAUUCCAAGAAUAACAAACGGUCGCUGCGACAUUCUUGUUAAUGCCAGCGCCAGUUCCCUUUCUGGCCACCAGCGCCGAGCACCGUCGAGUGCGACAGCCGAGGGUCCAACCGCUGGAGAAGCACGAGGGCUUGAGGCGGGGCAAAAAGUGGCUGGAGCGCCCUCCGGGCUGUUUUCCUUUGCUGGAGAGAGACCUGUGACGCACAAAUCACCUGGUGGGAGACGGCCCCUUGUGACUGGACGAUGGAUUUUGGCGACUUCCGAUGCAGUAGAAAUCCUGGAUGAAAACGCAUUCACUAGGAUCAGCACUGCUCUGCAAUCGGGAGUUGGAGAUCAAAAAUUGGAAUCCAUAUAUAUGCUGAAUGUUGUAGACGAAAGUGCUGAAAUGCAGAGAAAAUGUGGCCAAGGGAAGUCAUUGUCAAAUCAAGAGAUUACGGUGAACAGGACACGAAGUAAGAAUGGACCACGAUACCCUGCCAAAGAGAGUGUUAAAUGGUAAAUUGUAUGUCAGUAGACGUCAAAAACCGGGGAACCAAACACUAUGAGAAGAUGACGUGGCUAGAGACGCAAGAUAAUUAUUGAGAGUACCAAUAUGAAAAAGAGCAGCUGAAGGCAGGAAAGGAUGGGGGAAAUAUAUUCUGAAGUCCAAAGGCA